CUGCGCUUCCUCACCCGCGAGACCCCCCCGCGUGCUCUCUGCUUCAUCGACGUCCGCCGCUUCGGGUCGUGGCGCUUGGGCGACGCUUGGCAGCCAGAACGGGGGCCCUGUGUCAUCUCCGAGUACCAGGCCUUCAGGGAGAACGUGCUGAAGAAUCUGGAUGACAAGGCUUUUGACAAGCCCAUCUGCGAGGCCCUCUUAAACCAGAAGUAUUUCAAUGGAAUUGGGAAUUACCUGCGGGCUGAGAUCCUGUACAGGUCGAAGACCCCUCCCUUUGAAAAGGCUCGGACUGUGCUGGAAGCCCUGAAGGAGCAGGAGCAGAGGAAGAAUCCUUCCCUGACGCUGAGUAAGAAGGUGAAGCUGAUGCAGGAGAACCCAGAUCUCCUGGAGCUGUGCCACGCUGUGCCCAUGGAGGUCAUCACAGCAGAGAAGCAGCUCUUUGAUCCUGAGCAUGCAGAUAACUACACUGCCUUCAAAAACUGGCUGCAGUGUUACCUGGUGCCUGGCAUGAGCUCCCUGCGCGACCACAGCGGCCGCACCAUAUGGUUCCAGGGAGAGCCUGGCCCCAUGGCUCCCAAAGGGCAGAGACCCCGCAAGGCACUUCGCAAGAAGAGCACUCAGCCCAAGGCAGACCCCGAGGCACUGACCACCAAGGUCUCCACACGCACCUCAAAACGGCGCCCCAGGGCCACAGUAAAGGCCCUGAAGUCAGAUAAGAAGGAGGAAGAGGAGGAGGGGGAGGAAGAGGAGGCUGGUGGGCCAAGGAAGGGCCGAGCACGCCAGAGGAGGAAAGCAGCUGCUGCUCCAGCCUUGCCUGAACCCGAGGCACUCAGUACCAAAAGGAGCCGCCGGACGUCCACGCGCAGGGGCAGAGGUGCAGCUCCUGCCGUGUGA